CCCAUGCUGAGCUAGUUUCUUUUCCUGCAGGAUUAUUCCCAUGAGCUGGUCUGCAUCACUAAAACAGAAAGGAUAGUUGUGCCAAUUCGGGCCAUUGCUGCCCGAGCUAUCCUGACCAUCCCAGACCAGCUGAACUUCUCGGAGUGUCCGGUCAAGAGCAGCACCAAGAAGACUCUGCUGCUUCGCAACACUGGCAACCUGGAGGCUCAUUACUACAUCAGCACCCAGAGUCCUUUCUCCGUGGUUCCGGCCAUGGGAGCUCUGGGUGCUGGUGACAGCGUGCAGGUGACAGUGGGAUUUCACCCGCUGACCACUGGUGCCCAUUUUGGGUCCAUGGUGGUGUGCUACAACACAGGUGAAGAAAGGAUCCACACAAACCUUCAGGGAGAAGCUGUAGAUGUCAGCAUCGGGUUGAGGACGUAUUCCGUGGAGCUGAAGAAGACUUUCAUCACCACGUCAAGCCACACAGCAAUGUUCAUCGAGAACAGGAGUAACAUCAGAGCCCAGUUCCAGUGGAAGACUUUUCCUAGUGAGGAAGAUGAGAAUGAAGAGAAGAGGAGGCAGUGUUACUUGCUGCGAUCACCGAGAGAGGCCUGCGUGGACAACACGACGGGAGAGAGAAGAAGAGCGAAGAAGAAGGGUUCCUGUGAAGAUCGCCGCGCCAUCCUGAAGAGCAGCGUCCGGGAGAAGAUGAUGAUGGUGAAAGAAGAUCCCAUGCUAUUCUCCAAUGAUGCUUUUUCCCUUGAGCCACUGGAGGGAGAGAUCGGGCCAAAUAGUUCAGUCCAAAUCAAGGUGACCUUUAAACCCCUAAAGGCCCGAGAGUAUCGGAGUGUGGCUUACUGCAACAUCUCAGGUACAGCUCCUUUCCCCUGCUUCUCUCAGCCCUACUGA